AAAGAAGGCUAGUAGCGAAUAGGCAUCCGCCACUUGCUCGUGUCCUGUCCGUUAUCUGGUAUUGAUAUGAGUUGCCGUAGACUUGGCGCUAGGUAACUUUAAGCACCAACCACGAUGACAUUGACGAGUCUUCCACACGAUGCUUUAUACCGUAUUCUGUGUUUCUCUCUGUCCGCGAAAUUAUCUGCCUUCGACUGGUUUGCAAAGACCUUCGCGACUUGACAUUCCAUAGGGCUGUAUGGUAUGAUGCCUACAAAUAUGCAAAACUUCCUCGUCCCCCUUGGACCACUCGACUCUCAGUCUCGCGAGUUCUUAGAAAACACCCUCGUAAAAGCACUCAAGUCGGCGUCAAAUGGAACAAACAAGCUUUAACGAUAACAUCCAAGGCAACUUGGUUCGAGCCGAGUGGUCAACUUUACAAGGAGAUCAUUGGGAGGUGGUGUCUGGCUUAUGGCUCGUCAUCCCGCUCAUCAGUGGCCCCGACAUCAUGUGCUACGAUCUGGAGCGUGGGCUGCGUCACGUCGUAUAUCACACCGAUGGCGCUCAGAUUCUAUCAUUCAAAAGCACUACUUCUGAGGCAGCGGACGGAGGGUCUAUUAUGCAUGCUAUCAUCAUGGAAAGCGCUCGCAGUAACGCAUCAUUCUCACAUAAACUGCUCUCCAUUCGCUUCUCUUCUGACGGUCCACUGUUGGAAUCUUCCAUGGUGAUACCAAGCGAUAUAGUCGGAAUGGCAAUGUCGCAGCUGUCCGCUGGGCAGCGCUUGGUAUGCAUGAGCGAUCAUUUGACUGGUACCUUGAACUUGGCAGUGGACAGCCAUACCCGCGUCCUGUACCGAUUUCCGCCGCCAAGUUCCAUCAUUGAGCCCACAUUCGCUAUAACUUGCAUGCAGGAGACAUACCUGAAGCGUCUCAUUGCCACUGAAACCCAUAUUCUCGCAAUGUUUACACCUCUCACUAUUGUCAGCCAGCUCGAUGAGGGAGGACACUCGCGGGCGAUCAUCCAGGCGUUCGCUCUUCCGCAGGCGGACACCACCACAGGAUCCUCCUCACCCACCCUUCAACUCACCCACGAAGGACAUUGCUAUCUCGAUAUCGAACGCGUUUCGCUUCUAUGCGGCAGCAUGACCAACGCCAUCACAGGGCAAACCCAAAUCAAAUUCCUUACCCAUUGCAUGAGACUUAACCUGACGAAAUACUUUGCUCACCGAAUAACGUUGUCGCCUCCUCUGCCAGGGCAGAAAUUAGGGAAUAUAUCUCUUUCCACCGAACAUCUUUUCUCCGUUCCGGGUUACGCUAAUACCAUGAAGUUUACCACGUCGUUUGAUGGACACGCGCGGGGUAUCUGUGUUCUACAUAACGAAAGGGACGGGACAGAAUUCUACGGAUUUACGAUCGACGCUAGUAGUAUGGAUCAACCCUGUUCAGGCAUCGUUGGGCCAGGGGUCGAUAUCAAAGAGGUCGAAGCGACAGAGUCGUUCCCUUCGUCUUUAAGGAUGACGUGGAAUGUGAAACUGGCGUUCGAUGGCAAUCUAGGUAGGGUGUGUUACAGGAAGCGGGGUGAAGAAGGAAGGAAUGUACUGGCUAUUGUAGAUCUGGCCUAGGCUACUAUGUAGACUGCUUAUUUAUACGCAUGGAUUGAUAGAUCUGCCACGAUUUGAAUAAUGUACUACGCGUAUCGUGAGGGGUACUCCAUAAGCAGCAACUGU